UCCUCAUCUCUGCACACAAUCAGAGCUUGAUAAUAAAGUACUAGAACCCGAUCUAGCACGUCCUUUGUCAAUGUUCAUCGCCUCUUAAGACACAGAAAUGGCGGUUACCUGCUUCACCCAGGAAUUUAGUAUUUCCAUCGCUCCAUCGAGGAUGUUCAGCCCUGAACCUCAGACUCCCACAACCUCUUCCCCAAGAUUGCCUCUCAGGGUAUUAAGAGCAUUGGAUUUGUUAAGAGAGAUGGCGGUGUUGGAAAGCAUCAAGCAGACCAACUUCGCCAGUGGUGGCCACCUGCAGUGGUUGAAGCACAGGAUUGAUGCUAUUGACACUGAGAAGCUCAUCUGCAAUUACACCCGGAUUGAGAGCGAUAUCACAUUCGAUAAGAUUGAGCCAGUGGUGUAUGAGGUGAAAUUCGAAGCUUUGGGCGACAGAGGGUGCCUCUGCAAGAUGACGAGCGAGUACCACGUCAAGGCAAGUGUGGAGCUGAAGGAGGAAGAUAUCAAGCAGGGCAAGGACAAGGCUAUGGGACUCUACAAAGUCGUCCAGGAAUGCCUUCUUGCGAGUCCUGAAGCCUAUGCCUAAACAAGCAAUUUUUUUAUUGUUUCCUAUGCUUGAACAAGGUGGUGUAUUUUUUUCCUAUCUUCCUGAAUUUUUUGUCAUUGAAAGUCGUUAGAUGUUGUGAAAGAGCCAACAAAAUAAAAUAUGUCUUGAUCUUACAGCGUACUUUUCGACUCAUGAGUAUAGUCUUACAUUUAUUCCAGAUACUGAUCCAAGGGGUUCCCGAGUUGUUGUAUAUGAAAUUCCGGGGUGAAUGCGGACCUCAUCACUCUGGAGCCUGUGUCUUCUUGCCAUCAGUUUCAUUCCAAUGACUAGAAUGGGGUAAGGUUCCCCUGGCAGAGGGUCAUUGCCUUGAGCUGCAAGAAUGAAAAGAAAGAAAUACGCUCCGCCCUAGUUCGGUAUUCUUGAUGUCUUGGUCCAAGCUGAACAAUAACGAAUGGUGUCACCUGCGGUAAGGCUCUAAUCCUCGAUCGACUGCCACAACCUCGUCCUUGAGAUCUCUGGGUGUAUCAACGCAUCGAGUUCAUGGCAGAAGCCGGUGGUGCUGGAAUCAUCAAGCCGAAAAGCUCUGCCAAGGUUCAGCAUCCAAUUCAACUCUCCAUGUUUUAAUACAAAGGAAAAUUUCAUAAUUUUUAUGGUGAAAAAACAGUUGGUCUGCCAAAAAAAUAAGAAGUGGGGCGUUAUAAACUUGGAGCCAGAACCAAGGCAAAAUCGAAUUUCUAAAUAGAAAUGAUGAUCAUCCAUAAAAUUUAAAUAUAGAACCGAAUGAGAGAAAUCAGAGUUCGUU